AUGCUGUCGGCAGCAGUUGGGAUUGGUAGGGUCAAGCCGCCGUACAGAGGAACGGUCAACCGUCAAGCCCAGGCGGGACCACCUAACAAACACCAGAAGAUAAUAGCACGUGUCCCUAACGUGGCAACUGCCAUAACCGACAAUAACCGUGACCUCGUCCUCUCUGCCUCGGCUCACGUGUAG